AUGAAGCUCGCAACAUUUUCCAGUCUACUCCUCGCUUUCCUUACUCCGGCCGCAUUGGCGGAGACGCUCGACCAGACCGAGAUCCGCUUCCUCACCGCGCUAGUGGGAGACUACCAAGCACACAGAACAGACUACAUUCGGUUUUUCGCCACGGCAACAGGCAUUCCCGCGGCGUUAUCGACGUUGGCCACCCAGGUGCUCACCUACACCGACGACUCCUACACCACCAUCCAGAACGUCGACGUGAGCGCCUUGGCGAGCUACGCCACCAACAUCCCGUGGUUCACGCGGAUCGCAGCUGAAGCAGGCGGCGCUGCUGCCAACACGGGCACGGGCGAAGCUACCAGGACAACCACGAGCUCGAGCUCGUCUGCAGGACCGUUGGGUAUACCCUAUAACACCGCUAGCACCAGCUCGAAUCGGGCACUUACUACCACCACGGAGGCGACGGCGAACUCGAAUGCUGCUGCUACCACGGUCACGAGGCAGGCUCCUGUGACCAAUGGCGGGGCUGGACAUGCGGCGGGGCCGUUGGGUGCUGCGUUGGGUGCGUUGGCGGUUGCGUUGUUGUAG